AUGUAUACAUCACCACCAAUUGUCAUUGAUAAUGGUAGUGAUACUACCAAAGCUGGGUUUGCAUCAGAAGAUUUACCUUCAUUAGUUUUCAACACCAACUAUUCUGUCGGUGCUGAUGGAAAAGUCAUUGUUGGGGAUGAAGAAAUCGAUGCCCAUCCUGAGAAUGAAGUUAUGACAUUAAUGGAUAAUGGAUUAAUCUAUGAUUUCGAUAACAUUAUCCAUAACUGGAGAUAUGUUUAUGAUAACUUAAACAAUGGUUACAGUAUUGAUCCAAAGGAUUAUCCAUUAACUAUGACCGAACAAUCAUGGAACACUAAACAGAAUAAAAUCAAACAAACACAAAUUGUUUUUGAAGAAUUAGAAGUACCAAUAUUCUCCUUAGUUAAGAAACCUUUAUGUCAAUUAUAUCAUAUGGGAAGAAGUAAUGGUUUGGUGGUUGACAUUGGUUCAAGUACAGUAAGUGUUACCCCAGUAUUAGAUGGAAUAAUUCAAAGUAAAUUCACCAGUUAUUCUAAAUUUGGUGGAGAUUAUAUUGAUGCCAAUAUUUUAAACUAUAUGAAUUCUACUGUAGAUUUAAGUACUGUGGUUGAUCAAGGUACUGAAUCAUAUAAGAAUUAUCAAUUAUCAAAGAAAAUUAUCAAAGAAUUUAAGAUUUCCAUGUUAAAUAUAGCAGAAGAUCCAAUAAAUUUAUCAUUACCUUUAGAACAACAAUUUCAAUUUACCUUAAAGAAUUUCCAAUUACCUAAUAAACAAUAUGUACCAAUAAAACAACAUCAAUUAGAAAUAUUAGAAUAUUUAUUCCAACCAAAUUUUUCCAAAUUAUCACCUCAACCACCAUCAAUUGAAAAACCUAAUAGUAAUGGAUUAUCACAUUUUAUCAUUUCAACAUUGAAGAAUUUAGAAAGUCAUUUAAUUUCUGAAGAUCCAAAUAAUACUAAUAAAACCAAUGAAAUUUUAAGAACUUAUGUUUCCAACUUAUUAAUUACUGGUAAUGUUUCAUUAUUAUCAGGAUUAACUACCAGAUUGACUAAAGAUUUAUCAUCAUUAAGUUAUAGAAUUUUACCAUCAAUAAGACCUUUCAUUAAUCCAUUAAAUAAUUUCCAAGUUAAUGAUGUUAAUGAAAUUUGGGAUAAGAAAUUUAAUACUUGGUUAGGAGCUAGUAACUUAUCGUUGAUGAUUAAUGAUAGUAAAUCAGUUGCAAUGGAUAAUUGGUUUGUUACUAAGGAAGAUUAUAAGGAGUUCGGAGAGGACUAUAUUUACGAGAAGUUUAAGUAG